AUGGCUGCGUGGGAGUCUGCCGCCACUCCUACUCUCGUUGGCACGCCCAGCGUCAACCAUGCAGUGCCGCGCCGCCACUUUCUCCGCGUGGCUCUUGAGGAAAUUCAUCGAUGUGUUGCCAACGCUUUUUGCUUCUGCCGGGCGGUGUGUGUGUGCUUUUUUUUGUUAUUGCCUUGCCCCUCUGAACCACGUUUCCCGCCCUCUCCCUCUUUCUCUCGCUCGGCAGAUCGCCCCACAAAGCAUCGUAUUAUGGGCUCCUGUUGCCCCUGCCUGCGGGCCUCACACGCACUGGAGUUCGCCAAACCCUCACGCGCGCCACCCGACCCGGAGCUCUUCCCGCGGUACUUCCAGAACAAACAGGGACUGUGGCUGCGCUUUGCGGAAUGGGCGCCGCCUCGCGACGUGCCCGACGUCCGCGCGGUGCUGUUCAUCAUCAGCGGCGUUGCGGAGCACACGGCGCGGUACGACGCCGUGGCACUCGCGUUUGCCCGCGCGGGCUACUAUGUCUUCUGCAUGGACAAUCAAGGGGCCGGCGGGAGCGAGGGUAAGCGGCUCUACGUGGAAAACUUCGACGAUUUCGUGGACGACUUUGUGCUGUUUAAGAAAAUUGUGCUUUCCCGCUACCCGGACUACGCGACCCUGCCGUGCUGCCUCUUGGGGCACUCUAUGGGCGGCCUCAUCGCGGCACACGUCGCGCUACGUGACCCAGACGCGUGGACCGCCGUCGUCCUCAGCGGCCCGGCCCUCGAAUUGGACCCAAAACUGACCACGCCCUUCAUGCGCUGGCUUGUGCCGAAGGUUUCCAGGUGCUUCCCGAAGCUCGGUGUAAAGACACUCGACGUCAACCUCAUCAGCAAGAACAGCCAAGUUGUGGAGCUUGCCAAGCAGGACCCAUUUAUGUCCUCCGCCUCUCUCACGGCACGCUGGGGGGCGGAGAUGCUGCGCGCCAUCGACGAAUUCUGGAAAAAAGUGGAUAAGGCUACCUUUCCGCUGCUCAUCGUUCACGGCGGAGACGACCGCCUGUGCGCCAUCAGCGGCUCUCGUCGGUUCGCCGAGUUGGCGCCCUCAAGCGACAAGAAAUUUAUUGCGUAUGAUGGGUUGUCGCACGAGGUUCUCAACGAGGUGUCAUGGAGGGAGGUUUUGAGGGACGUUCAGUCCUUCGUGGACAGCCACUGCCCUUCUAGAUAG